CUCCCUCAGCCGCUCUGCCCCCCAGCGCCCCCAGACCCCCGGCCUCCAGCACCGAGGCGAGAGGUAGGAGCAGCAGCAGGGACAGUAGGACGAGGCGGAGGAGGAGCCGUCGCAGGAUGAAGGAUCGGACCCAGGAGCUGCGGAGUGCAAAAGACAGUGAUGAUGAGGAAGAGGUGGUCCACGUGGAUCGGGACCACUUCAUGGACGAGUUCUUUGAGCAGGUGGAAGAGAUCCGGGGCUGCAUUGAGAAGCUGUCAGAGGAUGUGGAGCAAGUGAAAAAACAGCACAGCGCCAUCCUGGCCGCCCCCAACCCAGACGAGAAGACCAAACAGGAGCUGGAGGACCUCACUGCAGACAUCAAGAAGACGGCCAACAAGGUUCGGUCCAAAUUGAAAGCGAUCGAGCAAAGCAUCGAACAGGAGGAGGGGCUAAAUCGUUCCUCCGCAGACCUGCGAAUCCGCAAGACCCAGCACUCCACACUUUCCCGGAAGUUCGUGGAAGUAAUGACCGAAUACAAUGCGACCCAGUCCAAGUACCGGGACCGCUGCAAGGACCGGAUCCAGCGGCAGCUGGAGAUCACCGGAAGGACCACAACCAACGAAGAACUGGAAGACAUGCUGGAGAGUGGGAAGUUGGCCAUCUUCACCGAUGAUAUCAAAAUGGACUCACAGAUGACGAAGCAGGCACUGAAUGAGAUUGAGACAAGGCACAACGAGAUCAUCAAACUGGAAACCAGCAUCCGCGAGCUGCAUGACAUGUUUGUGGACAUGGCCAUGCUUGUGGAAAGCCAGGGCGAGAUGAUUGACCGAAUUGAGUACAACGUGGAACAUUCCGUGGACUAUGUGGAGCGAGCUGUGUCAGACACCAAGAAAGCUGUGAGAUAUCAGAGCAAGGCCCGAAGGAGGAAUGCCUCCUGGAGUGCCUGCUGGAAGGGCUGUGAGAACGUCACCACGUCGAGGGCUAUCCCAGACUGAAAACGAGAGCAUUCCUGCCUUCCAUCGUGUACUCAGAAUGGGGGGAGGACAGUAUUGGUCCCCGCCGGCCCACUGGAUGCUCUAGGCUCUGCCUCAGGGACUUUGGGCUUGGGGAACUGUUUAUUGAAGAUACCCUGGAAUGGCCAGUGUGGCAGCAGCCACUCGGGUGGGCUAAGUCCCAGGAUUCACCCCCAGACCCAUUUGCUGAAAUGUCUGGAAUAGCUGUGCCCCCACCAGGGCAAGAUUGAAGGUGGGACACAGGCUUGAGUUCCUGACGGUGAGGAAGGGCCAGCUCCUCCCUUAUGUAGGCAACAUAUAUACGGGUGGCUUUGUGCAUUUGGUGGCAGAGGGGAGGCACAUGAGCAAAGGACAAUGUUAGAUGGUCCCCGUACUCCAUGGCUGAGAAACAUGGACCCACGUGCGCAGGACUGAACACACAAGUACAGGAAUGUGUCCUGCCCUGGGGGUGGGACUACACGUGCACAGGGGAAGGACUCGGAGUGGUGUGCAGAUCAUUUCCCAGGGUCCCACUGCGUGUGAAACUGUGUGUGUGAGAGAGAGAACGCAGAGGUGACCUGGAACACGAUACCCUCCCUGUCCUCACCCCAACCUGGGUCGUCAGUCUCUUCCCUUCCUGGCUGUUUGGGCCCUACCUGUGUGUGGCCAGUAUGUGUAAACCGCAAGGUGGGCUGUCCUGAAGAGGGGCAUCUGCCCGUUUAUUCCCAGAAUAUCCUUCUCAUGGACAGAAAGUCCACCCCCACCACAGCCCCCCUUCUCUGUCCUCGGACUUCUCUGGGGAAGUCGGAGCAGGCCCCGCACUCCCCGCCUUCCCUUUCCUCUUCCUGCUGCCCAACCAAGACGCCCAGCCCAGGUGUUUCUGGAAUUCUCGCAGCCUUGGGGCCACAGGAAAAGGGUGGGGCUGUGGCUCCAGUGAUGUUGCCGCCUCCUUGAGUGGCGUUAGGCCUCUGGCUGCCUGUCUCUGGGCCUCAGUUGGACCAGAGUAUCCCAGAGGAUCUGCUGCCCCUGAGCUUGCACAAGUCUUGAGUCAUGUGCUGUGUUUGCUUGUUGGCUGCUGUGUCCGUGUGUGGCCUGGAGUGUGGCCUGGGGCUCAUGUCUUUCGUGUGGUCUUGAAGGAGUGUGUUCGGCCCACCCUUCUCCGCCUCCAACCAUGUGCGCCCCAUGGGUGGUGCCGGGCCCGGCCAGGGCUCACUGCUUCCCCUGCCCCUUUAACCCUAGCUCUGCCUCUCAUGAAGCACACUGCGCGUGUCCAUCCCAUGUGCCUGUGGGUCGGCACACGCUCUUGCCAUGUCUGGAGUGUGUGUACAUGAUGUGUUCUAUGCAUUCACCCCAGACCCCCCAGCCCGCCCUGCAAAGGACAAGAUGGCGGCCCCCGGCUCCCUUCUACCUGCCCUGCCCGCUGUGCAGCCAUGUGUGCUGGCACGUUUCCGUGUCGCUGGCGUGUCAUGUGAUAUAGCUGUGUUUGCUGACAUGAGUCCCUGCCCCUUCUGUUUCUCCAUUGGUUCUAGAGCUCCUUCCCUCUUGACAGGACUCUUGGGGCCUGGCUGGGGGCCCAGAGCCAGGCCACCCUCUCCUGUUAGCCCUCAGAGACCCAUUUUUCUCUAUUGGUGACUGAGUUGCAAAUGGAUAAAACACAGGAAAAUUCUGCCCUCUGUCCUCAGCCCUGCAUGUCCUGUCCCCAGUGCCCCCACCCCCACCCUGGGCUGGGUUGGGCCCCAUGGGACGGGAGAAAUAGCAACCAAUCCAACAGCGGGUGUGCUGCGUGCUCACUUCCUUCUGUCCC